AUGUCCAAUGAGUCUCGCUUACAGCUAGCGGCUGGGACGAUCUCCAGGAAAUCCGCUCUCGAAGACACUGAUCAACAGACUAUCGCCAGAGUGCUCGACUUGUUCCAUAUCCCAGUAGGAUCUAGGAGGAAGAAUAUAUGGGAGACUCUAGAAAGCCGUCCCUUCCCUUUUCCUCCUGGCUCGUCGCGACUGUAUAUGAGGUUAUUCGGUGCUGGAUUGGGGGAGGCACUCAUUCAGAAUGCGCUCGACAACGUGCCAUUCGUCGAUGAUCGGCCUACUAUAAGGGAUGAAGUUAGUGCAGCUCAUAUGGAGAAGAUGGGCCCGCCCUUCCUUUCCACGCUAUAUAUCAGACCCGACCGGCAACGGAAGACAAUUUCACCAUUACUCCCGAGGCCCGUCGAACUAUAUGGACGCAUUGGGAAAGGAAUGGAAACCCUUGAUGAAGAUGACGUUGAUCCCUUCUUCGACAGGGUUAUGUACGAAUGCGAACACACCAUACCCGUCGUCCUCCGCAACUUCCUUCUCUGGACAGACGGACAACAGGACCACCGCUCUGUCAUCGUCAUGUGCCUUGACGAUGUAUUCGUACCUUCACUUCCUUACGCUGAAUAUUGCAGAGGUCGUAUGUCGCAGCCACUCCGACCUAGCAUAAUCACCCUCGUGCUCAAAGGCGCCAACGGUUCAUUCGACGCCAUCAUGGAGAAGUUUGGCUGGCUGUUGUCUUGGACUUCUCCUCGGGACACAUAUUCCUGUGUCAUUCUUCUUCAGAAGUUCGACAUGCUCUUACGUCCCAACAGCCAAACAUCGCCUCUUCACCAGGAAUGCCGUCGGUCCUUCGUACGCUCUCAGAGUUUUUCUGAGGGUCUUUUGCGUGUUCUGCAUCAAGGGGCGCAGGGGUCUUCCCUUCCGCUCUUGAAGCCGUCCGCCACCAACUUCUUCGACCGCGAACACUCCGAUGCCUCCUCGAAACAGCCUUCGUCGAGAGCCGUUCAUGCUCAAAAAUGCCCUCAGCGCUAUCAAUCAUUCAGCGAUGACCCUGAUAAGUUCUACGGAAGAAUCCUCAGCGACAACAUCAAGAUGUUGCACAAGUUGGAGAAGUUGUGUCAGGUGGGUUAUGAGGACGAAUGUGAGAGACGCGGAUGUGCGAAGAAGACGAAGGCGAGGUGCUCACAGUGCAAGACGAUGGAGUGUUGUGGCGCAGAUUGUCUGAAGUGGUCUGAAGCGAGUAGUCAAGGAGAUGAGAUCGAGUACGAUAGUGUGCCUGUACUGCCGUUGAAGUACUCUGAGGAAGAAGAUCAGCGACUCGGGAUCGACCUGAUGAAGCGCGUUGUUCAUGGAUGA